AUGUUGGGCGUGAGUCAACCGGGAAACCCGCCCUCGAGCUUGCGACACUCGGCGAGCUUCUCUUGUUUGCAACGUGGCACCACGAGCGAGGGCCAUCGAGCAAGAACCUCGACGUUAUUGCAACAGCCCAGUCUGCAGUUGAGCAGCAGCCAUCAUCAAUACGCGUCAGGUCAAACGUCCCUGCUGCAACAGUCCACCGGAACGGUACAGCACCGUGUCGAGGCGUUGGAGUCCCUUCAGGACAGCAACGACUACGGUUUCGUGAAGAUCAGGCCCCGUUUACGGAGCACGAACGCGACCUUGUACCACGAGGAGGAGGUAGCCGCUCAGAAAACAGCCCUAUGGGACCGGGACACAUCGGCGUUAAGCGAUCGGGAAUGCGAGACGAACUAUCGGGAUUGUUCAUUGAAGGUGAAGGAUCGGGAACACUCGCCAAAAGGUAGCUCAUCGAAGAACCAGAACCCUUUACGGGGUGCCUUGAUACUGUUCACGUCGACAUCUUCCUGGUGGAAGGCCAGGCAACGCGAGGAUCAGCUGACUGGUACAGAACGUGCCCUAACCGCGACCACCACCACCACAACAACAGUGACUACGUCCUCCGAGCGAAAGUGGUCGAGCACCUCGAUGGCGUCUCCGUCGAACGAACGUAAAUGGGUACCGUCCGUGACCUCGCCUGGGAACGAUCGGAAAUGGUCGGUGGGGAAUACAGGGGCGCUCACGUCGCCCGGUAACGAGAGGAAGUGGACCAGAUCCUCGGUGUCCUCGAGCUCCGGGAGCGGCGGCCAACAAGACCGGAAGUGGCGGUCCCUGGGCGCGUUGCUGAGGGCUCCCACGGGUACCAGUUCGCACAGUGGAGGUGUACAGCAUUCUUUAUCCCAUAACAUGAGCGUCUCGAUGAUCGAGGGCACCGAGCACUUUCGGGACGAUGUGCGCACCGGUUCUGGUUACAAGUCGACCCGUUACCAACAGCCGACCUCCUAUUCGGCUAGGGUGUCGCGUGUCAGCAGGGACGUUUACAGGGAGAACGGAGAAUUCGGUCAGAUUGGACGAUCGAAGGUCAGCCGUAGAUUGUAUCAGGAUAGUAACGAGGAUAGGGACGUGGAGGAAAGACGUCAUCAUCAGACCAGACAUCAGUUAGAGGAUGAUUGUCGCGGUAGAUCGACACGCGAUGGUCUCUCGAAGCCAGAGUUAACGGAUCCCCGUGUUACAUCGACGAGAUCUAGCAGAGCGCAGAGCUUUUAUCUUCUGGAUGAUUUUCUUCGGCCACAACCACAACCGAACAAAUGUAUGUUGAAUGUUUAUUUGUCACCGUCGCACUCAAAGUCGGCCAACGAACACGGACGAUCUGGCGAGACGAAGCAAACGUCGCAGGGGAACGUCACGAACAUCACGCCGCCGAGGCGUCAUAAUUCUAGCUCGGAUAGCCUCGAGGUGGCGACCAGCCCGCUACCGCCACCUGUACCGCCGCCGCCGCCCCAGGUGAACGCACGGGAUCGUGACAGGGGCGAGAACGGGAAGGAAAAGGACGUGUGCCCGUGCAAAAUGUGCUGGACCAAUAUGCAGCAGAGAUCGUUCGUUGAUGAGGUAAGUCCCCGCACGGUAUGGGAACAUCGUUCAUGGGGAUAA